UUGCAGUCUCCGACAUUGUAAACGUUAUGUUGAGAUUUUGAUCGAGCAGAGCACGAAGCUGUGUCUUUUCCAGAGCAUGAUCUCCCCGAGACCCCUGAACCGUAGUAGCUACGUCUCCGUCGUGAACCAGGUCCUCGCCGUCAUCGUCCAAAACCGCGAGUUCGAUGCGAAGCUGGCCGCUUCGGCCGCGCCCAACGCGCCUCCCUGGGACACCGAAUCGGUCUCCCAAGUGCUGCGGUCGAUACCCAGAUGCUUCUUCCAGUCCCCUCGCUCCAUCGGUCGCCAGAAGACCUUCCGUCACCGAGCGCCUCUGAGACAGCGCAAUGUGAAGCGCGAGUCCGAGAAGCUCCGCGAGGGUAAGCUCGUUCUUGGUCCCGCUGCUCGCAGAGACCCCCAAAGGGUCGAGCUUGGGCUGGGCAAAGCGCUCGAGUUCUACUACUGGGUCGAGUCCUACUUCGGCUUCGUGCACAACGAGAUGACUUGUAGAGAGAUGGCUAUUGUCUUGGCUAGAGGAAAUGGGUUGAAGGGUCUGUGGGAGUUUCUUAGGACGAUGGAUAAGAGAGGUGAUGAGCUCGUCACUGCUCCCACCAUCACCUGUUUGAUAAAAGUCCUAGGAGAAGAGGGCUUCGUCAAGGAGGCGUUGGCCGCAUUUUAUAGGAUGAAGCAGUUUCGUUGCACGCCGGAUGUCUAUGCGUAUAAUACCAUUCUCCUUGCGCUUUGUAGAGUAGGGAAUUUCAAGAAGGCGAGGUUCUUGUUGGACAAGAUGGAAUUGCCGGGGUUCAGGUGCUCCCCGGAUACAUAUACAUAUACGAUAAUGAUUGGUUCGUACUGUAAGUAUAGUAUGCAAACUGGAUGCAGGAAGGCCAUUCGGAGGAGGCUGUGGGAGGCGAACCACCUGUUUCGUCAUAUGCUUUUCAAAGGUUUUGUUCCGGAUGUGGUCACGUAUAACUGUCUGAUCGACGGGUGCUGCAAAACGAAUCGGAUUGGGAGGGCAUUGGAACUUUUCGAUGACAUGAAUAAAAGAGGUUGUGUCCCAAACCGAGUCACAUAUAAUUCUUUCAUUAGAUACUAUAGUGCUGUUAAUGAGAUCGAUAAAGCUAUCGACAUGUUGAGGAAGAUCCGAAGCAUGAAUCAUGGCAUACCCACUUCGAGCUCCUAUACUCCUAUUAUUCAUGCUUUAUGCGAAGUAGGAAGAGUGAUUGAUGCAUGCAAUUUCCUUGUUGAGUUGGUUGAUGGAGGUUCAGUUCCAAGAGAGUAUACAUAUAAAUUAGUUCGUGAUUCGCUCAACUCUUCAGGAGCAAGUGGUCUGCUAGAUGGUGAACUGCAUAGAAAGAUUCAAGAUGAUAUAGGGAAAAGGCUUAGGCAGGUGAUGAAGGUGAAACCAAUGGUCACUCGCUAAUUGUUCUUACAGCUCAGCAAGAUUCACCAUGUAAGUGGAAUUGGAGGUUCCAAACAUAUGGAUCAGUCCUCGAGGUUAAAUCUUUUGUCUGAGCAAGCUAUAUCACUUCGCAAGGAGAACAGAUAAAAACAAGGAAUGAAGUUGAACAUGACCGUAUCUUGCUAAAUGCUGCCGCAUUGCGAGAGAGUUAUAUUUCUAUUGAAAAUUCGGGAAUCGAAUCUGCUCAAGCAUACAAGCUCUGUCACCAGUCACCCAUCAUUUGACUGGUGUUCUCUCUCUGUUCAGUGGAGUUUUCUGAUUUGCUUUUUAGGUUCUAUGGAUCUAUCAGCCACAAGUUUUACCCAAGAUGAAGGAGCAUAAGGAGGGAAAAAUAUUUUGUAUGGUAACUGCAAGGUCAAUGCUGGCAGGAGUGUCAAGUUCAAGGACGAACUCCUCUAUCUAUAUUUUUGCACCGUGGCUUAGAGAAAAGCCAAAGUUUCUGCUCAUUCCUCAGUUGCUAUGAGUUUUCACUAUCCUAUGGAGAGGAAAAAAAGGAAAGAGCUGUUUUCUGAACAGACGCAUUUCCCUAUUCAUGUCUUAACCAUUCACUUGAAGGGACUCAGUCGUGGUCCGCAUUGGAAUGGCGACAACUUUAGAUUCUCUGAAUAAUAGCAUGAUAACGUUAAAUAUUGGGAAUGCUGGGCUAUGUCCAUACUAUGAAUCAAGGAAAAAAAGAUCUUGUUGGCUCUUGAGUUUCCGAAUUGUGUACUGGUUUUCAUACCACUGCAAUCCAAAGGAUGUGUUGGAGGCUAUUCAAUUGUCUCACUCUGCUUGAUAAUAUAUCCACAUUUUGGGCUAUGCCUUUUCCCGCCGUA